AUGUUGACUAAGCUAUUAUUAUUAUUCUUUGGGUCAUUUUUCAGGACUUGUAAAGCAAUAGCAAUAUUUGGAGAUGAAAACACUAUACCAAAGCCUGCACCAUUAAUAACUAUGACACCUCUCUACCAGGAACAAAAUGUCAACACAAGUAUUUAUAAAGCGGUCAAUAUCGCAAUUCUAUUAGACAUCUACACCUCUACCAAGCGGUAA